UUUCUUGUUUAAAAAAUGAAAACUUUUACUGCUACAUUUUUUGAAAAUUUCCUUACUAACUGAUUUAAAAGUCUUAAUUUUUAAUACGACUGUAUAAUUUCUUUCAUUUUGACGUUCUCGUGCAACCGUGUACGCCUAAGUUCCAAAUGUAAACAAACAUUUUGGUGGGUUCGGUGGUGCCUGGUGAGUCCAGAACGCGAAUCAAAGCCGACCACGGUAGCAGCCAGGACUCGGGUGCGGACACCUUCGUAAGCCAAACAGCAGCAGCGAAACGCCGGCGAAGGAUGGUGGUGCUUGUGCGGGACGAGGUCGAGGGUUCGAAAAGGCCAUGUCUGCAGCUUCCUGCAGGACCUGCAGCUGUUUCACGACCGGAAUGGGUUAGAAGGAAGCUUGGGUGUUUUUUGAUUGAUUUUGUUUGUGAAUACAAACUAAAAAAACGCUCAACCAAACCACGAUUUUGUUUGUUUUUGUAGGAUGGGAGGUAGGAAUGUGGACUCGAACCGGUUGUAUUCGGUGAUGGUGACCCGGGGAUGGUGGUUGAAGGUCGAUUCCCGUGAGGACUCGGACGAGAUCAUCGAGGAGAUGGCGCUGCCGACGCGUUGGGUGAACAAGGAGAUUGCGUUGAAGAAGAAUAACAUCCGAUUUUUGGACAAGUACGAGAAAGGAUCCGACGAAGAGGAGGACGGCAAGAAGCGGCAUAAUCGGAGGUGGUCAGCGCGGAUGUUGCACUCGAUGUCGGCGGUUCACAAUACCGCAACUUCCCGCCCACAAACGCUCACAUCGCGACGGCGCAGCUUCAGCUGGGGACAGCGAGCAUGAAAAAUCUGUGUCAUUGUGGAAGGAGGAUGAAGUGCUCGAAAUGGCUCGAAAUCAAAUUCCGUUCCGAGGUCCUCAUCAACCCCAUGUUCCGGUUGCGCUUCCAGGUUCUGGAAUUCCCUGUUCAGGCACUUCACUUCUCAGCCGGGAAACGUCGACCACCCUUCCCGAAUCAACAGCCAACUUCUCCAAACCUGUCCUGAUGAAGGCCGGCAAUGGACCAUCCUGUUCGCUACUUUGCUGUCGCGCGUCGAAACGUCCAUCCGGAACCGUCCAGCUUGGGGUCUUCGGAAGUUACCGUUAACGUACCGUAAUAAUCGGUACAGCUUGGACUCGGAUGUUAGCCAGAAGCGUUAAAUACAAUAACAACAUGUUUUUUUUAACUUACUGUUUAAAACUUUUAAAAAUAAAUAUAAAAUAAAGCACAUUUUUUCUGAAAUUAACACUGUAUUAUUAAAUGUUGUUUAUUCUUGCCAUAAAAGGUUUCUUUUCCAAUUAAAAGUAAAACACUUUUACCGAUACAACGAUUUUGUUCCAUAAAUGCAUGGUAGUAUCAAAAACUUUUCAACUUUUAAAUUAAAAAGUUUGAACUUUCUACGAAUAUUCACCAACGCGAACUUUUAAUCCAACGAACGAUCUUUUUAAAUUUAGAGUAUUUUUUCUUUGU